UUGCCUGUCCGAGUUUAAAAGCCCGAGGUGUGACGAGAGAGCUAACCCAUGCGAUCACUACUGUCAGAACCAGGGCGUUUGUUCCCUCACCACCUAUAACAAACCUCGCUGCAAGUGCUCUGCAAACUGGUCAGGAACACAGUGCGAAAGACCCACACCCAAGACCAACCGCUCAGAAAACUUUAGCGGGAGAAGUAUUGCCAUAAUAGUGCCUCUAGUUCUUCUUGUAUGCAUUAUCGCCGCUGUUGCAGUGGGACUCCUUAUUUGCAAAAGAUGUCAAAGAGGUAAGCAGGUUCAGCGGCAGCCCAUGGCGAAUGGUGGCUUGAAUGUGGAGAUCGGGAAUCCGUCCUAUAACAUGUACGAAGUUGACCACGACAAUCACGUAGAUGUGGGAAGCUUUCUUCACCCCAGCUUUACCCUUGACCCUCAUAAG